AUGUUAGCAUCGAUUCCUCAGAUGGACGCUGCGCGAUCGAUCCCGCGAAACCCCGACGUCCUUUCGCGACACCCUUCGGCAGAAGAUCUGGAUGCCGCUCAGCAGUUGAUUUCGUCGGCUCAGGCCGGCCGCGAUCACAUGGUCGACCGUCCCUGGGAGGACAACCAGAAUGGGAGGCCAGUGGAAGUAGCAGAAAGCGUCCAUUCUGAGUCGUCUUUCGCAAAUGACAAAUCAUCGCCCAAGUCUCAAAAGGACUCGUCCUUUUUGGGACAUUCUUGCAGUAACUGUGGAACAAAAAGUACCCCGUUAUGGCGACGAUCACCGACUGGAGCCAUGAUUUGCAACGCCUGUGGUCUUUAUCUCAAGGCCCGAAACGUCGCGCGACCAACCAAGCGGAAUCGUAGUCAAGCCGAUCAGGAUGGUGCACAGCAACAGCCUACUUCGCCGGUCCCCUCGACAGAUACUCCUACAAAACACAGUGGAGGAUGCAAUCAUGGUCCCAAGGGUUCUUGUCCCGGUGGUGGAAACUGCAACGGUACCGGCGGUGCCGAAGGAUGCGACGGGUGCCCGGCAUACAACAACCGUGUCUACAAGGCAACGCCUCGCGGUGCAGUUCCAAUGCACGCUUGGAAUAGAGCUGCAAGCGCAGAGUCUGAGAAUCCGCCUCCUGUGCUGCCCGAUCCAGAAGUGUCGGGGAAAAACGGGCCAUCGGCCGAAGGCGGUACGAUGCUGGUUUCCUGUCAAAACUGUGGCACGACCGUCACUCCGCUCUGGCGCCGAGAUGAGCUUGGUCAUCCUAUUUGCAACGCUUGCGGUCUCUAUUACAAGCUCCACGGUUGCUAUCGACCUACGACAAUGAAAAAGACCAUCAUUAAGCGGAGGAAGCGGGUCGUUCCCGCACUGAGAGACCAAUCUCCGACUGCGGCCACCCAGUCUUCCAACGGCUCCUCCGCGUCGCCAGAGGGUUCUCCUGCUGGACUUGCUCACGGUCAAGAGGACUAUCGCUAUUUGAGUACAGAACCAGUUGACCACUAUCCUCCAAUGUCGACGGGUAGGGUCUCGCCUCGACCGUUCACCUUUGCGCCACCGCCUGUCGAUUUUACGAGUUACAGUUCGGGGACGGUCUCGCUCCCUCAUCACCCUCCGCCGCCCAGGUUGUUGGAACCAGAACGGAUGGGCGUGCCUAGCCAUUCUCCCGCUUCGUCACAAUUUGAUCGACGCUCAGUUUCUCCCAAUCCUUCCGGUAACCCGAAGAAACGAACCCUCGCAGAAUCAUCAGUCGACUCUGCAUCCGUUCCUACAACAUUGGAAUCGGGUUCGAAUCAACUACCUCCCAUUAUGUCCUCUGUCAACCCAUCUCCACCAACUCGUCUCAGUUCCAUCUCCUCUCUUUUGAACCACGCCGAUAAACGUCAGGAGGAUUCUCCGGCUCCUCUUGGUCGUCAACAGCAUCCUCAUCCUCAGCACCAGCCUUAUCCUCAGCACCAGCCGCACCAGCAUCACCAUCAACAUCACCCUCCUCCCCCUCAAGCCGCACCUCUUGCGCACCCACCGCCACCGCAACAACCAUUGCCUGGUGUCAAUGAAUUAGAUGGAUACAUGUCUGAACGACGGGUCAAGUUGCAGCGGGAGGCUGAAGAAAUGCGCGAGAUUUUGAGAGCAAAGGAGCGUGAAUUGGCGGAACUAGGACAAUAA